AUGAACUCUAUCAAGAAACGAAAGGCAGAAAUUGAGGCUGCAAAUGCAGAACUGGGGCGCAAUAUACACAAACGUCUUCAGACUCGCAUCGCACAACACACCACUAUAAUUGGCUCAAGUGCUACCUCGACAACUUCGGUCCUUCCGCUUCCCCCACAAUCACUCCACUUAUUAGAACCGGUGAAGCCUGAACAACCUACUCCUGAAGCACCGCAGAGCGACUCCCCGCCAAGGGCUCAAACUCAGACGUCGGAAACCCACCAAGAUUUCCAAGAUAACCUUGAGCGAUUACAGGAUCUUCUGCUAGAUGUUGAAUUUGACCCGCAAGUCCAAUCUGACUGUCCUUGUGCUCGUUCACAGAAGCGAACGACUCGGUGUUUAGACUGCUCGUUCUAUGGGAUAUUGUGCAAUGAGUGUUUUAUCGAUGCUCAUCGUAAUCUUCCGACACACUGGGCCGAGGUCUGGGAUAUGGAAAGAGGGUUCUUCGUUCGUCAUGACAUCUCCUCCCUUCGAUCCCAGGGAUAUGCAACCCAUCUCGGCCACCAAGGAGCUUGUUGUCCCUCUGCCGACAAGGAAAUCCUGUUCAUUCUAGUUGACACCAAUGGAAUCCACAAUACGAAAUUCUGCUUCUGCAAUUGUGCUGGUUCCCCUGAUCGUGUAGAACAGCUUAUGCGAGCGCGAAUGUUUCCGGCUACCAUGCGCCGACCAACAAUGGCGUUCACCUUCAAUCUUCUUCACCAAUUUCACCUUCACCAUCUUGAAUCUAAGGCAUCAGCAUAUGAUUUUAUUGGAGCUCUCCGACGAAUCACAGAUAACGCAUUCGCUCAAGAUACGCCCGAUCCGUACCCUCAAUUUCGAAUAGUCACACAAUUUUUCCGUUUCCUCACUGCAACUAAACGGCUUGGCCAAGCCCAUGGAAUCGACUCAAUCCUUUCCCAUCGUCCUCCCAAAAACCUUCUUUUGUUUUGCUGUGCUUGUUCAGAACCGCAUGUCAAUAUGGAAGAUGGGUGGCAACAAACUCCACCGGAGCUAAGGCAAGUCAUUAUUGUGCUGGGAUGCUCGCGCCACUUCUUGAUAUCAUUUGGUAGGCACCUAAAUCAAACUCAGGAUACGGCAGAUGGAAACCACCAUGCCAACAAGUACAUGAAAAAUACUGACCCUGAUAAUGUCUCACUUUUUGGUGGGCGCUCAUAUUUUCCCGAGGACAGUGUUUAUCGUGCCUAUAUAAAAAAUCUUGGACCAGUCGUACCUGGUGCUGAAGAGAAAUCCACUUGUUCGUACCUCAAUGCUGUCAAUAAACAGGACAGGAAGAAGUUCAAAAACAUGGAAAUAACGGGCAUUGUAAAUAUCCAGUGUUCGCAUGUUUUUAUUAAAUCAAGUGUCGACCUUCAGCUUGGCGAGAGAUUUGCUAAUACCGAUUUUGCUCUUGCGCAUGCCAUUCGCCAGCGCCGGAUGGUGAUGGAAAAUAUUGACCUUGAUUUUGUUACCAGCUGCGACCACCUCAUCUCUUAUGAUAUUUCUUGUCACUACUGGCGCCAUAUCGAGAAGCGGUUUGCGAAGAAUUUUCCUGACCUCCUUCCAGCAAUCAGAAGAAUUCGCUGGCUUAUUCCUCUGGUACACGUUCAGAAUCACAAAGAGAACUGUGUCUAUUGCUUCUCAUCUGCUUACACGUCAAACGCAGGCCAUUUCCAUGGGGAGACUGCUGAGCACUACUGGGCUGAAUUGAAUCAGCUUGGUCCCCAGACACGUCAGAUGAAUAAUGGACAUCGUCAGGAUACCUUGAUCGACCAUCAUGGGGACUGGAACUGGAAGAAGACAGCAAAUAUGGCAUCUACUCUUGCAAGUGACAUCACUCAGGCUAAGAGGCUGUUUAUUGAGAAACGCGAGCAUUUCAAGGCCCUUUCACAGCUAUAUGCAGAUCAUGUACCUGUUUGGAACCAAGAAGAUCGUAAUCUGCGAGAGAAAAAAAAUGGCGAGGUUCAGUGCGUGUAUCGUCAGCGCCCCCAGAAAGUACCGUCACAAGCCAAGAUCUAUGAGUUACUCCUGACCGAAUUCGAAUCUCAGAAGGAAUCCAAGAGUUCAUUUAUAGCCUCAGACAGUUUGGACGGUGCCGCACCAUCCUUUCUGAAUGCAGGCAUACUAAUUCGGGCGACACAGCGAAAAAUCCUGGCGAAGCUUGCACAAGACAAGAACCAUCCUCUUGAAUCACAUAAAAAUGAUAUCAAGACCAUGCGUCAGAAGUUGCGUGCUCGUAUUGACAGAUGGCGCACCACGCAAAAAUCCUUGAUGGAGAAGAUAGGUGACCAUGUCGCUUCUCAAGCUCUUGAAGGGAGUACUCUCGAUGCACCCGAGGAGGAAAAACUGUUCCUCCCUUCCGAUUUCAAUGCAUCUCAGCGGGUGGGUUUUGGAAUUGCGCAGCUUGCAGAAAUCGAGCGGCGAUUGCAAGAAGGCACGGCAUUUGACGCACUUCAGACCCUGCGCACAAUUGUCAAGGUAAUUGUUGUCCUGAGGGCACAAAAAAAGAAGAACGAAGUGGGUCAGACCCAACACACACGUGCAUUGACCAAGAUCGAGGAUGUUGAGGCACGCCGGGAUCUGGCAAUGGCAGAUUACAAUGAAUCUCGCACCAGACUGAUCGCGCUUGGACUCGCAGAAAACGAUCCGGUUUUUCUUCCAUUGAACCUUGCAGACACUUACCGUAAACCUACUCACCUCAAGCGUGCUGUGGGCGACUCUCAACGGCCAGACGGGACUCUUUGGACGAUCACAGGGAUCACCCUAGGCUCUCGGCCUCCGGCUGUGGCUCCCGGUCCCAGCGGUCCAGAAUUGGCCACACAGCCACACCAGAUUGGGACACAAGGGUCAAGGCGAAAACCGCGAUUACAUGGUGUUGGUUCACCCAAAAAGAAAGGCAAAAAGCGCAGCGGUCCUGCCACAGUAGGAGACAAGCCAAGUGAGCGCGUUAAGGAUGGUUGGAUUUGGACCGUUGGUGCAGCGGGAAAGCUGACAGAGAAAGAACUUGAAGAGUGGCUUGAUGAGAGUGAUCGUGUUCAAUGGUUUCGCGCUGAAGCGGAAAUGCAUCGUUGGCAGGAAGAGUGGGAAAUCAAGCAGGCCGACUUCAUGCGUUGCAUCCGUGCAUUUCACAAGAUGAGUGAUGUUUGGUCAGCCCUUGCAAAGUCGAGUUCGAGGGACGGCCAUGCGGUCUAUGCGAGGAAGAAGGCCAUAAUGUUUGCGGAGAUGGCGCGAAGGGCUCAGGAUCGGUUCAACGAUGCAGGAUAUGCUCAUCGUGUGCUCGAGGAAGGAAAGAUCCUCGCUGACUACAUCCAAAUUGACAGGGAGCACCCGGACAACAUGAUUCCGCAGCUAUUAUUAUCUCCAGUGUCCACCUCGCCCGACGAAGUAGCCCAAGAAUUGUCAUCAGAAGACGAUGCAUCAAACUCAGAUGAUGCAUGA